AUGGACUUCUGGGACCAGAUGGUGGACUGCAUAUGCAGGCCCCCGCGUGACACGUACUCGCCGGAGCAGCUUCUGGGAAGCCCUGCGGGCAGCAAGUUCCCGAUUGGGCCGGUGCUAGUGCAGCGCUCAGAUUUCGAGUUGACGAACAAGCGCGGCGCCAAGCUGCAGUGCAGCCACUACGCCCCCGUGGCCACGCAGCACGGCCCCCUGAAGGGGCGCGACGGCAAGCUGCCGGUCGUGGUGUACUGCCACUGCAACAGCGGCAGCCGGAGGGACGCGGAGGAAGCUGUCGGGCACCUGCUGCCGAUGGGCAUCGGGGUGGUUGCGUUUGACUUCAUGGGGUCUGGGCUGUCGGACGGGCAGUGGGUGACGCUGGGGUACACAGAGGCGGAAGACCUGGGUGGCAAAUUCGACCCACACAACCACACAACCGCCCUGGUGACUGCAUCUGCGGUCCCGGGUUUCUUUUCCGUGCUGGCGGCAGUCGUGGUCGAAUGGCUCAGGGAGAGGGAUGACAUAUCAGCAGUCGGCCUGUGGGGGCGGUCCAUGGGGGCCGUCACAGCUCUGCUGUACGCCAGCAAGGACGCGGCGAUAUCAGGCAUGGUCUUAGACAGCCCCUUCAGCCGUUUGACCGAUCUGAUGAGCGAGAUCGUCAAAGACACGGGGCUGCCCAUCCCCAAGGCGCUGGUGCGAGUAGUGAGCUCCCUGAUGCGCCGCUCGGUAAAGCGGAAGGCCGGCUUCGACAUCUGCGACGUUGCCCCCCUGGACGCCGUCGGCGGCAGCGUCGUGCCGGCGGUGUUUGGGCACGCCACAGGGGACUCCUUCAUCAACGUCUCCCACUCGGAGAAGCUGGUGGCGGCAUAUGGUGGCGAGUACAAAAACCUGGUCCGUUUCGGCGGCGACCACAACCACUUCCGGCCCAAAUUCUUCUACGACAGCGUCACCAUGUUCUUCCACCAGCAGGCGGGCGGGAACUUUGCCGCGAAAAACUUUUUGCCGGCCGGCGGGGCCCCCACGGCCGGGCGGGCGCUACCAGCUUUUUUCAAGAUGGACGAGCGGCUGCCCGGCCACACGGAUUACCUAAUGCAGUACGAGGAGCUGCUGGGGGCGGCCAGGGGGCGGCUGGACCCGUCUGCCCUCAUGCGGUACGAGAGCCGCGACCUGGCACGCGCCAACGGCGGAGUCAACCAGCCCUGGCACGUGAGCAGCGGUCGCGGCGCGGGCGUGCGGUUGUGGGAGUCGCCUCGAGCGCAUGUGUUUGGUUUGAUUGACAGGGUGUAG